AUGGAACAAGUUAGUGAAACGGUGUCAAAUGUUACCUGCGCGACGUGCGCAAAGUCUAACGAUGAACCAGCAAUACAGUGCGACUUUUGCGAUAAGUGGUUUCACUACAAGUGCGUGAAUGUGGACAAAAUGGCGGAAACGAGGGCAUGGUGGUGUCCAGGUUGUGACGCGAAGUGCAAAGUGGCUAACGAUGCGACGGAGGACGAAUUGACGCGCCUGAGGCAGGACAUGGAGACUCUCAAAGCAACUACGGAAAGUGCGGUUAGACUGUUGCGGGAAAAGGAUGCGGAACUAGCUCGGCUUCGUAACGGCCGUGAGCGAACCUCGUUUUCGUUAGGGGAACCGCUUCCAAGCUCAACGGCGAAACGGAUUUCAGUGACCGACGAUUGUGAACUGAGCCAGAGCCAAAUAGCAGCCCGCCAAGCUGUAAAAUCCGAACUUCCUACGUUCAGUGGAGACCCCGAGGGAUGGCCGUUAUUCUUAUCUACUUUCAGAAGGUCUACCCGAACGUUUGGCUACAGCGAAGACGAAAACAUCCUUCGGCUGCAAUCGGCCCUGCGCGGAAAGGCUUUACGCAUGGUGCAAAGCCGUCUCCGCCACACGGACCACCUGGAUGAAAUAAUUGACGCGCUGGAAAAGGCUUAUGGACGAGCGGACGUGCUCGUUAACACCUUACUUGAACAGAUUCGUGAGGCGCCACCGAUAAAAACUGAGAAACUUGAUAGCUUUAUUGAAUUCGGUGAGUUGGUAGCAGAAAUCUGCGCGACGGUUAAGUCAAGCGGGAACGCUGAACGGCUUUACGACGCGUCGUUGUUGCAAGAGCUGGUGGACCGAAUGCCGGCUUAUCUUCGCUGGAGCUGGGGCAUGCAUAGUUUGGAGUUAAAGCGCAUCACGCUUACAGAGUUCAGCGCCUGGGUUCAAAAGGCAACUGAUGGAGCAAUGGCGGUCACUCCCCCUCAGCCGAAGAAGAAAGCGUCCACGCGACAGGUUCACGCGCAACACGUGGAGAGCCACGUGGUCCAGAACAGUAAACCUCGUGCAUGCAUGAUUUGCGACAGUGACUCGUGUAACACGAUUGGAGAGUGUACGGCGUUCAAUAAACUGAGUGUUUCAGCUAGGUGGGACAAGGUACGUAGUCUAAAACUAUGCAAAAGGUGUUUAGGCAAGCAUUACGGCUCUUGCCACGUACACGACGAAUGUGGAUUGCAAGGAUGUGUUGCAAAGCAUCACCGUAAAUUGCAUCGCGUUACCGGUGAGGAGCGGAAAGCCGAAGUGAACCAUCAUGGAACGGGAACGGACCACACGCUGUUACGAUACGUUCCGGUAAAGCUACAUGGAGAGAAGGGUCCGAUUUACACUUACGCGCUGCUGGACGAAGGGUCGACGGUGACGCUGAUGGAGCAGGGGCUGGCCCGACAAAUGGGAGUUCACGGCGUUCCCGAUCCAAUGUGCUUACAAUACAGUGCCGGACAGCGACGAGAUGAACGUGAAUCGGAAAGAGUGACGGUGAAGGUAUCCGGUAUUCAAGCAAGUGCGUCUGUCUACCCGAUGGCCAACGUGCGUACAGUCGGCAAGCUAUCACUGCCUAGCCAAUCAGUGAACACGGACGAGCUCAAGCAAAAGUUUGAACACCUGAAGGCGAUUCCGGCACCAUCAUACAAAGAUGUUUCACCUCGAAUGCUAAUUGGUAUUGACCAUUACAGGUUAACGCGCCCUUUGAAGACGAUAGAAGGAAAGUCAGGACAACCGACCGCAACGAAGACGCGACUGGGAUGGCUCAUUUUCGGUAUGUGCACAGAUCGUGAUAACGAAGCGAAUAUAGUGCAGCCUGAGUCAAGCUACCACAUCUGUGAUUGCCAAGGAGUCACAUCAAAGGCAGAUCGUAUGAUGGCAGCGUAUUUUGAGGUUGAAGGUUAUGGUCCUGCAAAACCGCCAUUACUCUCAAAGGAGGAUCAACGGGCAAUGGCGUUACUUAAAACCAGCACUCGACAUAUCGAUGGGCGGUACACGACAGGUUUGCUCUGGCGAGCCGAUAACGUAUUCAUGCCGGAAAAUCGCCACAUGGCACUGUCUCGACUAAAGUGCCUUGAAAGAAAAAUGAAUGAGGAUAAGCAUCUAGCUGAGGAAAUUAAUAGAAUUAUCAAGGACUACGUAACGAAGGGUUACGUGCGACAAGUAACGGAUGAAGAACUUAAGACGUUUUAUCCGAAGAAGUGGUAUUUGCCUGUGUUUCCCGUCACUAAUCCAAACAAGCCGAAGAAAAUCCGAUUGGUCUGGGAUGCUGCUGCUGAGGUGAGGGGUGUCUCACUUAACAAGAAGUUGCUGACCGGACCAGAUCUGCUGACCCCACUGCAAGCUGUGCUGUUUCGCUUUCGUGAAUACAAAAUCGGCGUGGCAGCUGACAUUAGGGAAAUGUACCAUCAGGUGCAAAUCGACGGCGAUGACAUACAUAGCCAGCGUUUUUUGUGGCGAUGGGGAAACACCAACGUGGAACCGCAGGAAUAUGUCAUGUUAAGAAUGACAUUCGGUGCAGCGUGCUCUCCAUGUACAGCACAAUACGUAAAGAACGAGAAUGCCGAGCAGUAUCGCUCGCAAUAUCCUCGAGCAGUACAAUGCGUUACGGAGGAACACUACGUGGACGACCUGCUAACGAGUGUGGAAACGGAAUCAGAAGCAACCGAACUUGCGCAUCAGGUGCCACUACAUGAGUCGUCUCUUCAACUUCACGUGUUCGUUGAUGCGGGUUCCGAUGGAUACGCGGCGGUUGCAUAUUUCCGCUUUGAGUAUAAAGGAAAAAUAGAAGUGGUCCUGGUUGGAGCGAAAGCUAGAGUCGCACCCCUGAAAUACUUAUCGGUACCUAAAUUAGAAUUACAGGCCGCUGUCAUGGGAUGCAGGAUUGCUGAAGUGCUGGAGACGACUUCCAAGGACGAAUGGCGAUGGGUCCCAACCACAAUGAAUGUAGCCGACGAAGCGACCAAGUGGACCAACCUGAAGAAUCAUCUAGCAUCGAAGCGGUGGUUCCAUGGGCCUGAGUUCCUGCACCUACCUGAAGCAGAAUGGGACAUCCCGCAACGGAUGCCAUCGGAGACCCGCGAAGAGAUGCGGAAGAAAAAGCUACCGAAGCUAGUUGGAACUCAAACAGUGCGUCAGGAGUUCAUCGCCUACGAGAGAUUUUCACGUUGGACGCGUCUCGUGCGGACAGUCGCCUAUGUGUGCCGGUAUGUAAACAUUGUUACCAACGCUAAUCCUCUUGCGAUAGGUUCACUCACUCACCAAGAAGUACAAGCGGCCGAAAAGGUGAUCGUGCGAGACGUACAGAGAAACGUGUUUCCCGAUGAGUACGCACUAUUGAAAAAACAUAGGGAUAAUCCUACUGUGACGUCAUGGAAGGGUCUGAUACCCCGAAACAGCUCCCUAUUUAAACGAAACCCUUACAUGGACGAGGAGGGCCUGCUGAGGCUAUGUGGACGGAUCGAUCGUUGCCGUUUUGUGGAUGCGUCGACGAAGCGUCCUAUCAUUCUACCCAGGCAGCACUAUGUGACAGAGUUGAUAGUAGAUGAUAUCCAUCGUAAAUACAAACACGGUUGCCAGGAAACGGUAGUAAACGAGCUGAGGCAACGAUACGAUAUACCAGCGCUUCGAUCGGUGUGUAGACGCGUUCGCUCGCAUUGUAGAACUUGCAUGUUACUAUACACGCAACCGGUAACGCCGCAAAUGUGCGAACUGCCCGCUGCCAGACUAGCUGCCUUUUCACAACCUUUCUCUUAUACGGGAGUCGAUUACUUCGGUCCGCUGUUGGUGACGAACGGUAGAAGAACGGAAAAACGCUGGGGCGUUUUGUUUACGUGUCUGACGGUCCGAGCCGUCCACAUCGAGGUGGUGCGAUCUUUGUGUACAAGCGAUUGUCUAAUGGCUGUUCGUAGCUUUAUGGCGCGUCGCGGAAUACCAACCGAAAUCAUCUCUGACCGGGGCACAAAUUUUGUAGGUGCCGAUAGAGAGUUAAAAGAAGCAGCAGAACGUGUUAACACAGCGAUCCUCAGCGAAUUCGGUCCUCCCGAUCCAGCGUGGAAGUUCAACCCUCCGGCAGCCCCACACUUUGGCGGAUCCUGGGAGCGAAUGAUUCAAUCGGUCAAGCGAAUGCUAGCUCGUACGCUCAUGGAGAGGCAUCCAACGGAAGCAGUGCUAACGGCUACCCUCAUCGAAGUCGAGAAUAUGAAUGAAACCGUUGGUUAA